UGAUAUAUACUAACAAAACUAUACAUCCGACUAAAUAAUUUGUUAAUGGUUGGGUAUUUUAAGCAUUUAGGUUUUAUUUAUUGUGUUUGAUUUCGUUUAAUUCAUCAAUUUCCAGUUCUUGUUAAUUUAUUUAUUUCACUCGUUAACACCAGUAUGGGAGAAAUUGAAAUAAACUAUGGCUCAACAAUACCCACUGAAUCAUUAAAGGUGAUCGCCGAAAGUGUUGGUAUUGGCAAUUUGUCUGAUGAUGCGGCCAAAGAAAUAUCUGAUUCUGCUACUUAUCGCCUAAAAUUAGUAUUACAAGAGAGCAAAAAGUUUAUGGUGCAUUCCAAUAGAUGUAAAUUAUUACCUUCAGAUAUUGAUAAUGCUUUAAAAGUAUUUGGCAUUGAACCUAUAUAUGGGUUCCAUUCAAAAGAUCAUAUACCAUUUAGAUAUGCAUCUGGUGGUGGACGAGAAUUGCAUUUCAUUGAUGACAAAGAUAUUGAUCUUAUUGAAUUUGUAAAUGCUCCUUUAGCUAAACUACCUUUAGAAAUUAGUAUUCGAUGCCACUGGCUCGCUAUUGAUGGUGUCCAGCCAACUGUACCAGAAAAUCCUCCAUCAGUAUCUAAAGAUAUGCAAAAACUUGAAUGUGUGGAUCCUUUAGGCAAAUUAAAAAAACCUAUAGAUAAAGAAGUUUCAGGCCGACCAUCUACAGGGAAAGCACAAAAAUUACGCAAUGUUGAAACUGUCCAUGUUAAACAAUUAGCAACACAUGAGUUAUCGGUUGAGCAGCAAUUAUAUUAUAAAGAAAUUACAGAAGCUUGUGUUGGAUCUGAUGAAGCUAGACGUGCAGAAGCUCUACAAAGUUUAGCAUCCGACCCAGGUCUUCAUGAAAUGUUACCUCGCAUGUGUACUUUUAUUGCUGAAGGAGUUAAAGUAAAUGUCGUUCAAAAUAAUUUAGCACUACUCAUUUAUUUAAUGAGAAUGGUCAAAGCAUUAUUAGACAACCCAGCACUCUAUUUAGAAAAAUAUCUACAUGAAAUUAUUCCUUCUGUUGUUACUUGUGUUGUAAGUAAACAAUUAUGUAUGAGACCAGAAAUUGACAAUCACUGGGCCUUAAGAGACUUUGCAUCUCGCCUCAUGGCACAAAUUUGUAAAAUGUUCAAUACUCCAACAAACAAUGUACAAACACGUAUUACUAGAGUAUUCACUAAUGCUACUAAUUCAGACAAAACUGCUCUUCCAUCUGUGUAUGGCGCUUUAGAAGGACUUGCCGAGUUAGGAACAGAAACAAUAAAAGUCUUUGUCAUUCCAAGAGUACGCAUGAUAUCUGAUAGGCUGGACUCACCAGAAGUAACACAAAACAAUGUUGAUAGAAUAUCUGGAAAUCAAAUAAAACAUUUACUUUGUAAAAUAUUAACUCCAGUGUUGAAAAUAACACACCAGCCUCCAGACAAUAUAGAAGAAUACAAAAAAGAAUUUGGGUCUGUUGGUGUACAAUUGCAUGCUGCUGUAUGUAAAGCUCGUGUGAUAGUUACUUCUCAAAAUUCAAACAACCAAACUACUACACAAACUAGUACACAAUCUAGAACAGCUGUUGGUCGGCCAAUUUCCGCUACACCAGGUAACUCAGGAGCUCCACAAAAAUAUGUUCUUAUGUCUCAGCGACCUAUUGUUUCUCAAACUCCACCAAAUAAAACUGUUUAUAUUUCUCAGCAAAAUAUUAAAACUGAAUUUCAAGAUCCUAGUAAUUAA